GUCAGUCGCAUCAGAGGCCAAGCUAAAUAUCUCACAUCAGCGACGAGAUCUCCUCUCAACAUGUUUUUUGGUCUUCUUUAUCCCCUUCUAUUUGAACUCUCUGCUCUAAUUCCAGAUCCAGCCUUUUCACAAGGUUUGUUAGACGCGUUUACUAAUGCGUAUCUCUUAUUUUUUUCAGUGUUAGAACAUUGAUGUUGGUAAUAUUCAGUUAUUCAUCGUAAUUCAACUCAGAAUCUGGAUAUAAGUCCAAUGUUCCCUGAAUUCUAUCAGUCUUUCUUUUUUUGUCUUGUUUCACUUGGCUAGUGAUGGGCAUUGAAUGCUAUUUGGAAACUUGUUUCGACAAUUUGCUUUAUAACCGAUAACUUGGAACGCUGCUGAAUGGCACAAUCUCAACGUUCUUUCAUGUUUAUCUGCUGUUAUGAAGUCCCAUAGUUGAAGUCAAUCUGUUGCCCUCUAACGUUCAGCACUUCAACUUGGUUAAAUGCAAAUAACACUCCAACACUUCACAUUGAGAAAUGUUUCUCAAGACUUAGCUAUAGUAUUGAUUAAAAAAGCCUUUAUUCAACUUCAAUUUAAAUUCUAAAUGUAGACAAAAAACAGCUACACUCCUUUAAACUUGGAUAAAAUUGCAGAGGUUUACUACAGGCUUUCGACCUCGUCAUGGUUUUACUCAAAAUAAUUUGUCAAAGACUGCUAAAAUUGGGUUCGCAGAAACAUUCGAUUCCACUGUCUAUCAGACAAUUGAUUUAUGUUCUUCCUUUUCCGAAAGAAAAUUAAAAGCAAUAUGUUAUAGUAAGAUAAUUAAUACUGAGGAACAGAAACAAAUGAUAACAUUACAGCACCGAAGAGCUAGAAAUGCUUAGAAUUUAAAGGUUUGUAACUUUAUUUGCAAAAUUUAAUUUGAAAUGUUACCUCAGUGAAUAAAUAUAUAUUUAAGUCACUCAGAAUGCUCGUAUAGUUAUGGUAAAUGACACGGCAGAUGUUGAUAACUGAGAAGGUUAGACAAUACAACUUAAUGUUCGAGAGGUUUCGAACAACUAUUCAAUAAAUUAAAAUCGAAAUGGCUCGUUGAAAUGGCUCCGAAAUCUAUCUGCGUUUUUUUUAAGUGUUCAACGAAGCGAUUUUCUUUUUUCACCGAUCUAAAUUUUUCACAUGUUAUCCUUCUCUCUUUAUCUUGCGAAAUGUCGCCUGAUUUUAUCCAACUUGAUCGAGGGCCUCCGGGGCUGAGCAUCAAACAGAGUUUUGCAACAACACUAGAAGAAAAUUGUCAAUUAAAAUUGGCGGAAGUCAAGGGGCCAAAGAUGUUAUUGACAAAAUGACAUCUGUUUUGCUUCCCAAAUUUAUGAAUUCUAAAAUUAAGAUAGGUACCAUAAUAACGGUGACGCAAGAUUCCUCCAACCUUUCAGGUACUUGGAAUGGAUAGCUGCUAAAUAAACACGAGGGAGCUGACAUAAUUUUCCACAAUUAGAUCAGAAAAUUUAUGGGGAAUUAAAAAUUCUUUUGUUAUGAGUAAUUGUUGUUGAAAAUAUCAGCCUCAAGCAAUCUCCACACUACUUUGUAAUGCCGACAUGCGCACCAUAGUACUUUGUAGAACACUUCAUCAAGUCACGCAGUUAUUACGCAAUACUACUAAAAUAGUUCUUUUGUAAGCUUCUGGAAUGUUCCAGAACACUUUGUGAAUGUAUAUAAAACCUCAUUUAUAUAGUAGUGUUGGUUGUUGUUGUCGGGAGUGACCGACUGUUUAGAAAACUAUACCGUGAGAGAGAGCUGAAGUGGAAGAUUGCUAAUUUCAAGAAACGUCGGAGGAAACUUUAAGUUCGGCUCAGGGGUGAGCUAAAAUAUAGACUGUACUGAGCUUAAAUAAGUUUAUCGAGGAUAAGUACUGUACUGCCUUUAGGGGUCACGCCUUAUCAAGAAUAUCACUCGUUGUUUAGUAAAGUAGUUGGGUUUGUAGGAUUGCAAUGUUUUUCUGUCGGUUGGAUUAUUAUUAACGACUGUUUACUUAAUUUCGUAUGAUCUAAAAGCACGUUUAGGCCUCUAAUCAAACGUCACAUAUCUUUCAGUAAAUUCUCAAAAUGUUUUACAAUAUCUCACAUGUUUGUUUUCAUAACGAACUACAGUCAAACUUGUAUUAUAACAUAGCUAGUAAAUUUGUCUAAUCAAAUUCAAUUGCGCGAUUGUGCUUCAUAUUCCUAUUGUGCACGCUCAUGACGUCAGCAAACAAAUCCCUCGAGAAAAAGAUUUUCUACCGGGUUGAAAAUGUAAUAAAACAAUUGGUUCAUACGUCAGCGUGCGUUCAUCGAGAUACGAAGCACGCGGGAAGUUUGGAGAGCACGAAAGAUGCGUAAACUCUGGCUUCUUGAAUUGUUAAUUAAGCGGUCACCGAUGGGGAAUGCCGGGGUAACUGUUCAAAACAGGUUCCGAAGAAUAGGGGUAAUUUAAAAAACGCUAAAAAAGCGCCAUUUUAUUCCGUAGUUGACAUUUUAUUGAAUAAAACCUUGCUCAAAAAUUCUACUAACGUUGAUUUCGAAAGGAAAAUGUGAAUCAAAUUGUACUUGAAAGAUAAUUCUUCGUUUUAUUCGGGUAGUUCUGCUUUAAGUGACCGCUCAAUACAGGUGGAAGAUCAUACAAAGAGGCCGUUCACACUCAUUCAAAGGUGAUUGCAACCGCUUAAUAGAGGGAUGAGAAGAAGAGAGACUGAUACUGAUCCGCCUGGAAACCAUUCUUAAAAAGCUUUUCUUUAUUAUUUUUUUUUAACAGUAUGUCUCAAGCGUUGCAAUUUAGUGAAGCUGAUUUACUACUGACCAUAGCAAAAUGGUUUUUCAUCUCCCUAAACAGCGGAAUUCGCCAAAUUAAGGUUCAUGAGAGUAACGUAGAUAUAAUAAACAUUAAUUAUUUGAAUGGUAUGGGAAAGGGGGGGGGCUACUCUUCUAUAGGCCACUUUAUCCUCUUUUGUAACCAGCCAGUCCCUUCCUCACCACUCCCUCCCGUGAGUGGUGCCAUCAUGUCCUUUUAUUAUUGGACUGCUCUUCUUUCCCUUUACAGAAUCAAACCCCGUGUAUCGCGAGGGAAACCGCGCCUCCUCCACAAGAACCUUCCUGAGACGUACAUUUAUUAAACAUGAGUUUCAAUACUUGAAUGUACCGCUUGUUGGAACAGUGGCAGUGUCUGAUGUGUUUGACUGCACGUUGGAAUGUCUCAGCAAUCCGUUCUGUUUUUCUGUAAACCUGGCCGCCUUCAAAGGAGCCCAUGGAAAGCUUUGGUGCGAAUUGUUGUCAUCUGAUAAGUUCAGAAACUCCACAGAGUAUAAAGGGAAUAAGAGUUCGCAUCAUUUUGCCAUUGAGGUGGGAAGCAUUUCUUAAUUUUGACAAAUAAACGCUUAAAAGUUUGACAGCUUUGUCGAGAUUGUAGAGAGAAGGCAGUCAGGUUAAUUAAAGCCACUGCAAAUGGUGUCGGUCUGUUGUCGUAUUCAUUGUGGUGACACCGUAUUUCUAUGGCAUGUUGUAAAGUAUGCAAACACUUUCUCGUGCCGCGCACUAUCUUACUUGCUUAACUUACCACCUUUGUUUCCAAGGCACGUCAGUGUACCAAGAAAAUACAUGUGACUCGCUUCAGUUUAUUCAAUAUACCAGAUUCUCUUUAUUUAAAGAAUGGAAUCGUUGCUCAAAUCGUCAGUAUUUGGUCAGCCUUUAGUCAAGACACCAGAUUCUGUUUAUUUAAAGAAUGGAAUCGUUGUUUGAAUCGUCAGUAUUUGGUCAGCCUUUAGUCAAUUUGUGUUUUAAAUGUUUUAUCGACAGACUUCAUUUUCUGCGAACGUUCGAAACAGUUAGAAAAGCUUUCCAGACUCAUAGAUCCCAGCGGCUUAGCAAUAUAUUUUUGAUCUCAUAAAGCCACUAUUUCAAAUACCAGCAAAGACAGAAAACUCAGCCAAAAUCGUAACACUGUAGAUAAAAAUAAAGUAAAUAUCCUAUAUGCUAUCAUAUGAGAUAUUUCUAUACCAUGAGAAGUUUAUACUUAAACGAAUCCGAACCGGAUUGACGGAAAACCGCGGAUUGGCGGAUUCAUGUACCCCAGCGUUUCAAAGUACAUAAACCAUUUUCCUACUUUGUUUCUCUACAGUCACCUUGCUCUUCGUCACCUUGUCAACACAAAGCCAUCUGUGUCACAAACUACGAAGAUGGCUCAUUCGGAUGCCGCUGUGCAAAAGGCUUUAUAGGGGAAUAUUGUGAAAAAGGUGAAUAGUUUGGAAUGGUUUUGUGACUGAUAUAUAUCCAACAGCAUUAAAUACUAUAAUUCCCAAGUGACUGUUAUAAAUAAUUUUUUACUUAACCUUGCAGCUCGAAAGUGUUCUAAAAUAGCCAGCGAAAAUAUAGAAUUAAAAAACCAUUUAAUGCAAUGCAUAAAGAUGUUAAAUCCGUUGAUUCUCAAGUUAAUUAAGCAUCUUCCUGCGAAAUCAAAAGGUCUGUGGUGGAGAACUGGAUAUUUAAUUUUUAUUUUUACUUACCUCUCAUCAGGGACCAAUUAUCAUUAAUAGGGAGGGGGGAGGACUUUAGAGGAUCACAUGAUUUUCAGGGGGAAAGGAGGGGGAAUCAGUCGUCGCCGACAGAAUUUAAAGGGGGGGACUGUAGAAAUUGACUGCCAAUUUUAAAACUGCCAGUGAGUGGGGAUCGUGAGAAUAUUACAGAGCUAUAACUGAGGGGGGAGGGGAAGUAUCAGGUUAAUUUUAUCGUGACACAACCAAAAUCCUCUGACCCUCCACUUCCUCGGCAGUAAAUUAUAACUGGUACCAAAGUAAUGUUUAUUAUCUUUUAUUGCUCAAAGAUUUUACUAAUAGCUUGAUACAAGAAUGAACAACUACUCUACUUUUGUGUCCCCUACUGAGUUAUAAUAGAGACUAAAUUGAUAUCUUAAACACCUGACUUCUGUUUUUUUCUUUACACUUAGGUAUUGGGUCCUGCAAAGAAGCUUACAACUUUCUGAAGUAAGUAAUACCAAAUUAUUAUCUUUUCGAGCAUGAAAAAGAGACAAAAUUAUCGAAUAGCUUCGAUAUUGAGAGAAGAUUUUUUGCCUCAUACUAAUAUAAUCACGUGGUAAUUUAGUUUUUUCAACUGAGUUGAUAACGUAAAUUGGCCACCGUACAGAGUUUCAAAGCUGACGUCUCGAGCAUUAUCCCUUUGUCAAUCGCUCUGACGAAGGCCGAAUGCUCGAAACGUCAGCUUUGAAACUCUGUACGGUGGCCAAUUUACGUUAUCAACUCAAUUGGUUCGGCUUUUUAAGUUCAUUAAAGGACACUCUUCUGUAAACACUAAUAAUUACAUAUCCUUCAUUAACAGGCAAUCAAGAAAAAUUAAUCAGUUUAAACUAUAUAAACCAUUUUGCCGUACAGACAUCGUUAAGUACUCUUUUUGGCACAGACAUAUCGACACAUGGAACAGUUUACCGUCAUCAGUAGUUGAACUUGACUCAAUUAAUGCUUUUAAGAAAGCUCUUAAAUCAACAUUUUUUAACUAGGCCUAUAACUAAAAAUUAAAUUAUUCUAUGUAUUAUACAUUAUUUAAUUAUAAUUUUAAACAAAAUUUUUAUCUUAGAUAUGUCUUCUUUAUUUAGAUUUUAUAUUUAUAUAGAUACAUGCCUGUAUGUAAAAUGUUUCAAUAUGUAUAUGUAUAUUGCACAGUAUUAAAUUUUUAUAUCUGGGGUAUAGUUUACAAUAAGGAUUAAGUUCCUCCCCUCUAUAACCCUUUUUUAAUAAUAAUAUGUUAUAUGUUAUUAUUUAAAUAAAGUUGUUAUAUAAAAUUGACGAUAAUAAACUACCCUGUUAUACUUUCCCACCGACGCGGCACCACAGUUUCUUUUGAAACUUAACCCCUUUAUUAAUAUCGUCACAAAUGAGUAUCUUUUCGUAUCAAACAGGUCAAACGCCAGUCAACUGGUCACAUUAGGCCUUGACUCUAAACCAAUCAUAGUUCUCUGUCAGAUGGGGGAUUUUGGAUGCGGAGAUGGAAGAUGGACGCCUGUAAUGAAGAUUAACGGCAGCCAGGUAAGCAUCAUAAGGUGGAAUAUUCUUAGGGGUUUUCUUACGGAUGAUGAAGUGCGAGCAAGACAUUUUCAGAAGCGUCGAAACUACCAUAGAAUCUCUUAGCAACUCGCCCAUAUUCUUCUCGCGGCCCCUACUUGCGAAAAUUCCUCUGGCAUAAGUGCUACAAUACCCUAUUACCUCAAAACGCAACGAAUUGCUAAUUAACCUGCAUGCAAGUAGGGUGUUGAUUGAUGGCUUACACGCUAACUGUAUUACUGAUUUCAUGAGGGUCCUGCCUUUGGUGAUGCAUCGUGUUAUGUAUGUUUAAGGAUAAAUUAAAUCUUCUUAAUUCUUUUUAGGAAACGUUUCACUAUGACUCUCACUUCUGGAGUGAUAAAAACCAAUACAACACCCCCGGCGGGAGGACUGGGUUUGACUCACAAGAGACCAAGUUACCGACCUAUUGGAACACACCUUUCUCCAAGAUCUGUCUCGGUAUGAAGAUAAGUGGACAGCUCAGGUUUAUUGUCAUUGACAAGCAAGCCAACUCUCUGCACUCGCUGAUCGCUGAUGGGACAUACCGCGCUACUUCACUGGGUCGUAACGAGUGGAAGAAGUUGAUUGGUGCGCAGGGCUCAUUGCAACAGCACUGUGACAGAGAGGGCUUCAAUGCUGUGGGUACUAAAAGUCAUCAUUCUAAAGCAAGAAUUGGUUAUAUAGCUAACGAGCAAAAGAAUUGCCACAGUUGUGACUCAAGAAUUGGGUUUGGCACCGGAGGAUAUCCUGAUAACUUCACUACGUGUGGAAACGUAGCAGCAGCUCGCCCAGGUAAUGGUUACAGAUACAUCAAAGCUAUGGGAUACAUUAUGGUGCAAUAAACUCUUUCAAUCCAUGUAUGACCUGAGAAAACUCACUAUAAAAGGAGGAGGGGAGGAGGGGUACUGAAAAAAUAUUUUCUUCCAUCUAUCCAUCCCCUCCCCCUUCUUUUCUCAGACGCCAGAGUGAGAACUUGCUAAGCAGACCGUAGAUUGCUUGCGGUCCACGCAAAUGACGUCAAAAUGUUUGUAUAAACAAAAAGGGGAAACAACAAGGCGCAGUCGAGUUUGUUACUGAUGUUCUUACCACAUUUUGACGUCAUCUUUUAUUUACAACAGAACAAAGUCACGGCAAUCUGACGUUGAUGAGAACGUCACCCAUGGCGUCAGUAUGCCAACUUCAGCUCCUACUUUCUGAUGCUUUUUUUUGCUUUAAUCUCAGAAUUAGUUGUAGCUUUAUGUAGAUUUACAAACCUUCUUUAUGUAUUCUUACUUAUAAACACGGAUAUAUACUCUCAAUUGAAAUGGUUUUGUCAAAGAAAAAAAGCAGAAAGGAAUAAAGGAAAAAGCCAAAGAGGAACUAUUUGGAGAAAUCUAAAUUCUAAGUAUUCAUGUUGGAUACUGCGCAUGUGUGAAAAAUAAGUCAAAAGAUAGGAGAGAACAAGUACCCCAACUCAUUUCAAAGCAAAUUUUCCAAAACUGUUAAAUUCCUAGGAGGCUUUUUCCGUUUUGCUUUCUGCGUAUUUCUUUAACCGCUUUUUGGCAAUAAUUUUUACAUUAUUGAAAUUUCUUCAACUUUAUGAGAUAACCGAGAUAUAGUAUUUAGUAUUUAGCGGUCACCCUGUAUUGUGCGGUCAGUUGUGAAAGUCCCGAAUUUCUUUCCCCUUAAACACUGCAAUUUUUACCUCUAUUAAGCAGUCACCUCUGUGGAGUGGUCGCACUCAACUAUACCUAGUCGCGAUGACCCGUUUGUCCUUCACCUUGUAAGUCACUCUUCGGCUCGUGAUUUACAAACUUCUCUUCCUCUCCCAACAUCCCACGUGAGUUGUUAAACCAGUACGCCGAUAGAAAGUGUGGUCCAUUGCUUAAUUAUUACUAAUUAUUAUUAAUACUAACAAUAACUAUAAAUCAUGAUAAAAUACUAUUAACAAUUACUAUUAAUUAUUAAGAUUUGCGAACCAGUCCCUUAAUGCAAGAAUACAUUCAGUUGUAGACUUUUAGUAUACCCAACACCAGGUCUGUACAAAAAAAUACGUCAGACACGAGAGCCUCAAUUUACUGCAUUUUCUCCACAACAGCUAAAAAAUGUGCAUAUGAGAGUUUGAUAAAAAUUGGUAUAAAAUAAAUGAAAAACAAAUAAGUAACAGGCAAAAGAAUAUUUGAAUAAGAAUUAAUAAAAAGAGGGCGCCAGGACACCAUAUUAGAGACGCAACAGUAAGACGAUACAACUAGAAUUAAGAUUUCUAAAUCAAAUUCAUAAUUAAGUAAAAUUUUUGCAAUUAGAUAACAACAGGUAAAAAGUAAAUGAAAAACAAAUGAGAAAUAAGCAAAAGAAUAUUUGAAUAAAAAUUGAUUAAAAAAAGGUUUUCAUUUUUGUCUUUUCCGUAUUAGUUCAAUUCUCUGCUCAGAUGUCAUGACAUUGUUUUUCUAGAAAAUUUUUAUUCUCACUUUUCUAGGUUACUACCAUCAAAAGGGCGAUGAGCAAGGAAGCCUCCUUUACAUCUGAAUAUUGCUUUUCCCGUCAUCAUUCGUUUACACGUAGGAAGAGAACCUUUUUUUUUUCAAUUAUCUGGACACACGUCCAAUGAACAAUGCCAUCAACGUUUACACAUUUCCUCGUUACAAGGAAAUUUGUGCUUUGAAAUUUAGCUCAAAACCAAACUUUUUUGAAAAUAUAAGUCAGAUGUUCUCAGAAUUCGAUCAGUCUUUGUUUUUUGUUAUAGUUUCACUUGGCUAGUGAUGGGCGUUGAAUGCUCGGGACGCUGUUGAAUGGCACAAAGUUCAGUUAACUUCCUUUCAUAUAUAUCUGCUGUUAUAAAGUUGCAUAGUUCAAGUCAAUCUGUUGCCCUCCAACGUUCAGCUUUUCAACUUGGUCAAAUGCAAUUAACAUUCCAUCACUCUAUAUCGAAAAGUUCUUCAUUUUUCCGAAGGAAAGUUUGAAAGCAGUUUGUUAUAGUUAAAUAAUUAAUACUGAGGAACACAAAUGAAUGAUAACAUCACAGCACCGAAGAGCUAGAAAUGUUUACAAUUUAAAGGUUUGUGACUUUAAUUGCAAAAUUUUAUUCUAAAAUGUUACCUCAGUGAAUAAAUAUAUUAAAGUCACUCAAAAUGCGUGUAUAUUUAUGGUAAAUGACACGGCAGAUGUUGAUAACUGAAAAGGUAAGACAAUACAACUUUAUGUUUGAGAGGUUCCUGAACGACUAUUGAAUAAAUUAAGAUCGAAAUGGCUUGUUGAAAUGGCUGCGAAAAAUCUGUCUGUGAUAUGAUCGUUUGAAGUGUUCAACGAAGCGAAUUUCUCUUUUUUUAACAAACUUAAUUUUUCACAUGUUAUCCUUCUUUAUCUUGCAAAUUAUCGCCUGAAUUUACCCAAGUUGAUCUAGGGCCUCCUUGGCUGAGCACCAAACAGAGUUUGACGACAACAGAGGAGGAAAAUUGUUAAUCAAAUUUGGCGGAGGUCAAGGGACCCAAGAUGUUAAGACAGCUUCAAGCUGUUGACAAAAUAAUAUCUGUUUUGCUUCCAAUUGCCAAAAUUUAUGAUUUCUAAAAUCAAGAAAGGUACCAUAGUAACAGUGUCGCAAGAUUUCUCCAACCUUUCAGGUACUUGCAAUGGAUAGCUGCUGAAUAAAAACGAGGGAGCUGACAAAAUUCACCUCCAAUUAGAACAAAAAAUUUAUGGGGAAGUUAAAAUUAUUUAUUAAAGGCUGUUUACCUUGGUCUUGUAUGAUCUAAAGGCACGUUUCGGCCUCAAAUCAAACGUCACAUAUUGUAAAUGCUCAGAAUGUUUUUAAAUAUCUUCAUAUUCUACUAGAGGGCUAAAUAUCGUGUAAAACACUUGAAAUAUCUCAUAGGUUUAAUCAGCUGAUAACCAUGACAACAAUUCUGGCAUAGAACUGAGCAUCGUCCCGAAAAUAAAGCGAGAGAAAAAAUGCACGGAUCAACUUGAAUUAGCUCUCGAUACUUCAAAAUAUCUCUCGAUUUUAUAAAUAUCCUAUGCUUCCCACCAUUCUCAGUUACCUCUUCUAUGCACUCGACAACAUCCUAAUACGGUAAGAGUACAAAUUUUGUCUUAGUCGUAGAGAGGCAGGGGUCACCCCGAAAUUAUUGAAAAGAGCUGCGAGGGAAGGAGAGGAGAUGAAUGAGAAGGACGAAGACUGAUACUGAUCGGCCUUGAAACCAUUCCUGAAAAGGUUUUUUUUUAGGGUAUGCCUCAAACGUUGCAAUUUAAUGAAGCUGAUUCACUACUGACUAUAGUAAAAUGGUUUUUUAUCUCCCUACACAGUGGAUUUCACUAAAUGAACGUUCAUAAGAUCUAAAGUCUCAUAGUUAUGAUAUAAAUCAAUUAUUUUGAGUGGUACAGGGUGGGGGAGAAGUGUUCUAUAGGCUACUUUAUCUUCUCUUGUAACCAGCAAGUCCCUUCCUCCCCACUCCCUCUUGUGAGUGGUGCCAUCAUGUCCAUGUCCUUUUAUUAUUGGACUGUUCUUCUUUCCUGUUACAGAAUCAAACCCCGUGUAUCGCGAGGGCAACCUCGCCUCCUCCACAAGAACCUUCCUGAGACGUACAUUUAUUAAACACAAGUUUCAUCACUUGAAUGUGCUGCUUGUUGGAACAGUGGCAGUGUCUGAUGUGUUUGGCUGCACGUUGGAAUGUCUCAGCAAUCCGUUCUGUUUUUCUGUAAACCUGGCCGCCUUCAAAGGAGCCCAUGGAAAGCUUUGGUGCGAAUUGUUGUCAUCUGAUAAGUUCAGAAACUCCACAGAGUAUAAAGGGAAUAAAAGUUCUCAUCAUUUUGCUAUUGAGGUAGGAAACAUUUCUUAAUUUUGACAAAUCAACGUGUCAAGAUCUUAGAGAGAAGGCAGUCAGGUUAAAGCCACUGCAAACGGUGUCGGUCUGUUGUCGUAUUCAUUGUGGUGACAACCGUAUUUCUAUGGCAUGUUGUAAAGCAUGCAAACACUUUCUCGUGCCGCGCACUAUCUUACUUACUUACCACCUUCUGUUUCCCAGGCACGUCGGCAGACUAAGAAAAUACAUGUGACUCGGUUGAAAAGUUUAGUCAAGAUACCAGAUUCUGUUUAUUUAAAAAAUGGAAUCGUUGUUUAAAUCGUCAGUAUUUGGUCAGCCUUAAGUCAAUUUGCGUUUUAAAAUGUUCUAUCGACAGACCUCUUCAUUUUCUGUGAAGGUUUGAAGCAGUUAGAAAACCUUCCCAGACUCACAGAUCCCGACGGCUUAGCAAUAUACUUUUAAUCUCAUAAAGCCAAUUUUUCAAAUAUCGGCCAAAGUCUUAAUACUGUAAAUGAAAAUAAAAAAACCUAGAUGUUAUCAUAUGAGGUCUAUACCAUGAAAUAUUUAUACUUAAACAAAUCCGGACCGGAUUGGCGGAUUCAUGUACCCCCCUAUUCACCACAUAUAUAUAGAUUUACAACUGCGUUUCAAAAUACUUGAACUAUUUUCCUACUUUGUUUCUCUACAGUCACCUUGCUCUUCGUCAUCUUGUCAACACGAGGCUACCUGUGUCACAAACUAUAGAGAUGGUUCAUUCGGAUGCCGCUGUGCAAAAGGCUUCAAAGGAGAAUAUUGUGCAAAAAGUGAAUAGUUUGGCAUUGUUUUGUGAAUAAUAUACAUCCAACAUCAUUAAAUACUAUAAUUCGCAACUGACUGCUAUAAGUUUUUGUGCUUUAACUUGCAGCUCGAAGACUUUUUAAAAUAGUUAGCGAAAAUAUGUAACAUAAAGUAAUGGAUAAAGAUGUUGAAUCUUUUGGUGCUUUAGUUGAUCAAACAUCUGACAGCGAAGUCGAAAGGUCUGAGGUGGAGAACUGAAUAUACUUGCUUCUCCUCAGGGACCAAUUAUUAGUUACCCGGGGCAGUGGGGGGUAAAGGAUUUUGGAGGAUGACGUGAUUUCCAGGGGAAAAGGAGGGGGGGACUGUAGAAAUUGACUGCUAAUUUUAAAACUGCCAAUGAGUGGAGAUCGUAAGAAUAUAACAGAGCCUUGACUGAGAGGGGAGGGAGGGAGCGAUCUGGUUAAUUUUAUCGAGACACAACCAAAAUCCUCUGACCCCCCCUCCCUCGGCAGUAAAAUUAUAGCUGGUAUCAAAGUCAUGUUUAUCAUCUCUUAUUGCUUAAAGGUUUUGCUGAUAGCUUGAUACAGGAAUGUACGAUGAGUCUAGUUUUCAAUGUGUCCCCUACUGGAUUAUGAUAGAGCCUAAAUACCUUAACACCUCACUUUUUUUAUUCGUUACAUUUAGGUAUUUGGUCCUGUAAAGAUGCUAACAACCUUUUCAAGUAAGUGAUACCAAAUGAUUAUCUUUUCGAGCAUAAAAAAUGUCAAAAUUAUCGAAUAGUUUUGAUGUCGAGAGAACAUUUUUUGCCGCAAACUAAAAUGAUCACGCAUGGAUUUCUUUUCGUGUCAAACAGGUCAAACGCCAGUCAACUGGUUACAUUAGGCCUUGACUCUAAACCAAUCACAGUUCUCUGUCAGAUGUGGGAUUUUGGAUGUGGAGAUGGAGGAUGGACGCCUGUAAUAAAGACUGACGGCAACAAGGUAAGCCUCAUAUGGCGGAAUAUUCUUGGGGGGGUUUUCUUGCGAGUGAUGAAGCGCAAGCAAGAUAUUUUCAGCAGCGUCGAAACUACGAGAGAAUCUUUUAGCAACUUAAUCUUAACUUAAAUCUCUUAGCAACCAUAUUCUUCUCGCGGCCCCUACUUGCGGAAAUUCUUCUGACAUAAGUGCUACAAUACCCUAAUAUCUAAAAACGCGACAAAUUCCUAAUUAACCCGCCUACAAGUAACGUAUAGAUUGAUGGCUUGUACACUAACUGUAUUACUGAUUUCACGAGGGUCCUUCCUUUGGUGAUGCACCGUGUUAUUUAAAUUUAAGGAUGAAUUAAAUCAUCUUAAUUAUUUUCAGGCAACGUUUGACUAUGACUCUCACUACUGGAGUGAUAAAAAUGAAUACAACAUCCCCGGCGGAAGGACUGGGUUUGACUCACAAAAAACCAAGUUACCGACCUAUUGGAACACACCUUUCUCCAAGAUCUGUCUCGGUAUGAAGAUAAGUGGACAGCUCAGAUUUAUUGUCAUUAACAAGCAAGCCAACUCUCUGCACUCACUGAUUGCUGAUGGGACAUACCGCGCUACUUCCCUGGGUCGUAACGAGUGGAAGAAGUUGAUUGGUGCGCAGGGCUCUUUGCAGCUGAACUGUAAUAAGGAGGGCUUUAAUGCUGUAGGUAUUGCAAGAAUUGGCUAUGUAGCUAACCAGCAAAACGAUUGUCUCAAUUGUAACUCCAGAAUUGGGUUUGGUACUAGAGGAGGUUCCAAUACGUGCGGAAACGUAGCAACUCUUUCCCCAGAUAAUGGUGACAGAAACAUCAAAGCUAUGGGAUAUAUUUUAGUGCAGUAA